CUUUCAUCAAAUAUCAUUUAGAGUUGUUACUAUAUAUACCUAAGAAAACAACUAAUAAAGAAUGUGCAAUAAGCAGACAAGUUCACCACUACUCUCUACCAAAGACACCACCAACAUGUUCCCCCUUUUGAUCCCUAAAACCCCAACAAACCUAUUGCAUGAUCACAAAAAUAAUACUACCCAUUUUACCCUUAUCUUUAUUGAAGCUAAAUCCAUAGCCAAUAUUGCUUUUCCCAUGAUACUUACUGCUCUCCUCCUUUACUCUCGAUCCUUAAUUUCCAUGCUCUUCCUUGGCCAACUUGGCGGCUUAGCCCUAGCUGGUGGUUCACUAGCCGUUGGAUUCGCUAACAUCACCGGUUAUUCCAUCCUAUCUGGCUUAGCUAUGGGUAUGGAACCUAUUUGUGGACAAGCUUUUGGUGCCAAAAGAUACAAUCUUCUUGGACUUACCUUACAAAGAACUAUAUUAUUGCUUCUUUUAACUUCAUUUCCUAUCGCGCUACUUUGGAUCAACAUGAAAAAUAUCCUUGUUUACUGUGGCCAAGACGAAGAUAUAGCUACUGAAGCACAAUCCUACCUUAUAUACUCACUUCCUGAUUUAUUUGCGCAAUCAUUUCUUCAUCCAUUGCGCAUUUAUCUUAGGACUCAAUCCAUAACAUUGCCUCUUACAUUUUGCGCCAUUGUAUCAAUUUCUCUCCACGUACCUAUAAAUUAUCUUCUCGUUACCAAACUUAAUUUAGGUGUCGAAGGAAUUGCCCUGAGCUCUGUUUGGACUAAUUUAAACCUCGUUUUCUCUUUAAUUAUGUAUAUUAUCAUCAGUGGUGUGUAUAAGAAAACUUGGGAGAAUUUAUCAACAGAGUGUUUGAAAGGAUGGAAAAAACUUUUGAAUUUAGCGAUUCCUAGUUGUAUUUCGGUAUGCCUGGAAUGGUGGUGGUAUGAGAUCAUGAUUUUGGUGUGCGGAGUUUUGAUAAAUCCGAGAGCAACCGUUGCAUCAAUGGGAAUUUUAAUUCAAACGACGUCGUUGAUUUACAUAUUUCCAUCAUCUCUUAGUUUCAGUGUCUCGACAAGAGUGGGCAAUGAGUUAGGGGCUAGAGAACCAAAGAAAGCGAAAAUUGCAGCCAUUGUAGGGCUUGCUGGCAGCUUCCUAUUGGGAUUUUCAGCUCUGUUUUUUGCGGUUACAGUACGGAAGAUUUGGGCAAAAAUGUUCACUAAUGACCAAGACAUUCUGGCAUUGACGUCUUUAGUAUUGCCGAUAAUUGGGCUUUGUGAAAUUGGAAACUGCCCUCAAACGACUGGGUGUGGGGUGUUGAGAGGAAGUGCAAGGCCAAAAGUCGGUGCGAAUAUUAAUUUGGUUUGUUUUUAUCUAGUGGGAAUGCCUGUAGCUGUUGUACUAAGUUUUUAUGCAGGAUUUGAUUUUGAAGGUCUAUGGUUGGGAUUGUUGGCCGCGCAGGCGUCGUGUAUGGUAACAAUGUUGAUGGUUUUGCUUCGUACAGAUUGGGAUUUACAAGCAGAGAGAGCUAAACAUCUCACCGGAACAACUCUUCUCUGUGGGGUUGAUGAGAAUGAAAAUAUCCACCAAUCUAAACAACUCCUAACAGAAAACAAUGAUAAUUCUCUCUGUUAAUACACUAGUUUUAUCUUUAUUUUACAUGUAUGUAUGUAUGUAUAAUACUGAAGCCAACCAUAUUUUUGCUACUUAUUUUAUUUAGAUGUAUGUAUGUAUGGCAGAAAACUUUUGAAA